CUUACGCAACGUAAUUUCAUAAAAGCAGAGUAUUUUGAUAUUGUUGUGCGGGUUUAAUGUUACAAGUAGUCUUAUAGAAGUGAUUUAAACUUUGAAAAACUUUUCAAUAAUUACUUUACGCUUCAUUUACAGCCUCUAGAAAAAAAACAAAAUAAAGUUUGCUAUGCCUAUAUAGGUACUGUUGUCGGCUACUGCGUGCAAAGUCAGACUGCAGUUUUUGCUAUUGCCAAUCGCACAUUGUGGGCGACUCUUGCGCUCUGGUUAUCUUUUCGAUUGUUACUGGGGUGAUAAUCGUACUAUUUUCACAAAUAGUCGUAUUUUAUAUAAAAAAAUGAGUGCAACAGAACCAGAAAACGUCAGUGAUCUACUGCUAAAACUGGUAGCAUCAGUUUGCGGUGAUCAAAAGCCAGAAGUCUUACAGAAGUGCAUGCGAUUUUCCUUGAGUUUGUUGUCCUCGACACAAGGAGUUGACCCAUUGAGAGAGGAUGAAACUAUGGUUGCUAAUCAAAUUAAGAGUAAAUUAUCUGAACAGGAUGGAGCUCUUUUCGAUGAAUUGCACAACAAUCUCAAAGAUGGGGAUUUGAGAAAUAGACUCGGAGCUCUAAGUUUUUUGCUUAGAAUGAGUCAAAAUAAGGACAAAGUGCUUGAAGAUAAUUUUACCUUUCCUGAAAUGAGAUUAGGUCUAAAUCUUGCUGCAGCAUCAACAAGUGGGUACAGUUCACAAACACACAGCUCUCAUCAAGCGCAAGUAGUUACUUUCACUCCUUCAGAAGCAACUAUGCUUGGACCUUCUUCAAAUCCGAGUAGAAUAUUUGAUGAAGAUACCACCUCUGAAAAUAUUCUUGUGCAAGAUCUAAUUUAUUCAUUUCAAGGAAUCGAAGGAAAAGUGUUAAAGCUUGAUACCAAUUAUGGCUUCCAAUUAGAUCCAAAGAUCAAAAUCACUCAUCCACAAAAACAAGCUGUUUUGAGGCUUAGCGAGCUUGGAUAUUUAUACAAUACGAUACAACGAGGUUUAAGUAGAAUGUCCACUGGCAGUAAUGGGCGAGUGUCUGAUAGUUUUGUUGCUGCAAUGCAUCAAGAAUUAUCAGAAUAUUAUAGAUUUAUAGCCAAUGCACAGGAAGAAGUUAAUAGAGUUAGAGAUCCAUCAGGGAUUGAUAGAAUAACUCUUUCACAUCUUCAUGUUUGGGCAUAUGAUCCUCUUGAAACCCUUAAAUGGCUUGCCAGUAUAGUGAGAGCUUGUAUAGGUUUGAAUGGCGGUGCUCUUGCUUCAGCAAUUUAUGCUUUUAGUCAUCAUGGUGAUCCAAGGGUAAAAAAACUUAUAAAAAGAAUACUAGAAAGUGUAUCUGAACCUCUGUACAACAUGCUAUUGAGGUGGAUAACAGACGGAGAGUUAGAUGAUCCAUAUAAAGAAUUUUUUAUUGAAUCAUGUGCUGAAGUUGCUGGAGAGCGAAUGUGGCAUGAAAAAUAUCAAGUAAGAGAUUCUAUGGUGCCAUCUUUCAUAAGCAGAUCUCAAGCCAAAAAGAUAUUAUGUACUGGAAAAAGCAUAAACUUUUUAAGAGAGGUUUGUAAAGAUUUCGCACCUUUACAAGGACAUGACACAGAAGUAUUUCGAGAUUCAUCUAAAAAAAUUGGAGUUGAGGCGUUUUUUGAUAGUGAUCCUGAUGGACCACUACAAAUGAUGAUGGAUGCUGCAUAUAAAGAAACUUCAACAAGAGUUGUUGAAAUAUUAUUGAAGCAGUAUCAGUUGAUGGAUCAUUUGCAGGGUAUUAAAGGAUACUUACUUUUGGGUCAAGGGCACUUUGUUCAACAUCUUAUGCACCUUUUGGAGCCAGAACUUGCCAAACCUGCUAAUUCGUUGUACCCUCACAAUAUCUCGUCGAUAUUGGAGUCUGCCGUUAGAGCAACUUGCACCAAAUUGGACGAUUUAGACGUUCAGAAGAGGCUUGAUGUUAGAUUAUUAGCGCCCUCAGAAAAUGAAACGGGUUGGGAUAUUUUUGCUCUUGAUUACAAUGUCGAUGGUCCCAUUGGAACGAUUUUAGAACCAAGUCGACAAACUUAUCAAGCAGUGUUUUUUUCGCUUUGGCGAGCUAAACGUAUGGAGUCAAUUUUAUCAGCCAUAUGGAAGCAACAAAUUACAUCCGCGAAAAUGUUUCGAAAAAUGCCAGAACUGUUGCCAAUUCAAAAAUAUAUUCACUUGAUCACUAGUAGUAUGGUUCAUUUAGUUCAUCAAAUGCAGUAUUAUUUUUUAUUUGAAGUGAUUGAAUGUUCCUGGGAUAUUUUUACCAAACAUCUAGGCCAAGCUGCAUCUUUGGAUGAUAUUAUAUCAGCACAUACCAACUUUAUAAAUUCGGUUAAAAGAGGCACACUACUUGACGAACAAUCACAAGAACUCAUGCAUCAUUUGCGCACCGUGUAUAAUCCAAUUUUAGAGCUACAAUUAUUAGAAGAAACAUUUCUCGCCCGCGCUAGUGCAGAAUACGAAGCACGAACUGUAUCCGAAAAGUUUAUUGAAGAAGGUAGCGAAAAUCAAAAGCAAUGGGGUCGUUCAAAAAAUAAAGAUAGCGAAGCCGCAGAUCGUCGAAGUGCGUUUUUAAAGUAUCUCAGUACUACUUCCAUGAAACUCAAACUAUUAUCAAGAACUUAUCAGGAUAGAGUUAAGAAAUUUUUACUCAUGUUAGCUUCUGCUGAAGAUGUGUCAUUACAGUUGUUGAGCGUUCGUUUAGAUUUUAAUGAGUAUUAUAUUAGUAAAGAUAGCCGUUUGGUAGCUCCUCUUACCUAUCAGCAUAGACGACAAAGCGACCAAUCUUUCAUCGCAGAUAAGUGACAAACGUCACCUGAAAACCA